GUACUCCACAGGCCCCCCGGUCCCUUUACUUGAAUUUGUCCACACACCCGCCCCCUUAAUUGCAGAUUCAAAUGUCCCUCAUGCUUGUGAUGCACACAGUAUGCUCCAAAAGGAUGUACUGGAUGGCUCACAUGACAAUUCACUUAGUGGGGAUGAUGAAGUUAUUUCUAACCCAAACAUUCCAACUCAAAACCGAUUUGCAUUGUUAACUGACCCUAUGAAUACUGAGAUUUCUAAACAGUUCAUGUUUUUACUCGUGCAUCCUCUUUUUGAUUUGAUCAAUAUAUACAACGUGUUCAACGUCAAGAAUUAUACAAUGUUCUAUUUCAUAUCAGAUAAAAAUGUACAACAGAUUAAAAUAAGGAAUCAUGCUCAUUUUUGGAGACAAGUAUGUGUGCCAAAAGCUACGCUGAUACCCUCGGAUCUCUCUCACUUGGAGCUGGAGGUCCACAUCGCCAACGCCCAACAGUCAAAAAAAGCUUCACAGACAUCCUGGGAUCUCAACCAAGCGAUGCCCAGAAUAGAAUCGGAAGAUACAAAGGAUUCCUUGCUAUCUCCUUCACCCCAUAUGAGGUAAUUUCCCUUUCAAUCCCAUACCAAUUCGCACUUGUGGGUCGUUUCUUGAAAUCAAGACCUCCUCUGGAGGUUAUCCGUAAAAGCUUCGAGAAAAUAGGGUUCAAACCAGGCUUCACGGUUGGAUUAUUAUCCCCGUCCCUUAUUCUUAUAAAUUUUGAUUGCCCAAUUGAUUAUCAACGUUGCUUCUCAAGAAGGUUGUGGAAUAUCAAUGGAAGCCAGAUGGUGGUGUCCAAAUGGACCCCUUCCUUCCAUGCUGACACUGAGAGCCCUGUUUUUCCGGUUUGGGUGUCUCUAACCCAUCUGCCCAUCCAUCUUCAAGAAGCUAAGGCAUUGCACUCCAUUGCGAGCUCCAUCGGUCACCCGCUGAUGAUGGAUGCAUCUACAUCAGCAAAAACUAGACCCUCAAUGGCUAGAUUCUGCGUCGAGAUUGAUAUCUCUAAAGAUCUCCCAAAGAAAAUAUGGAUUGAUAAUGGCGGGUUGGGUUUCUUCCAACCGGUGACCUACGAAAACCUACCACAAUUCUGCAUUCAGUGUAAAAAAUCCGGCCAUUUAGCCGGAAAAUGCUCAACUAUGGACAUUCCCAAGAACGAAGUGUCCAAGAAUAACCUACCAAAAACCUGGAACCCCAUUUCCAAGAAUGAAGUGUCCAAGGAUAAUCUGUCCAAAAGUGCUGCUGUGAUGCUAGAGCCCCUUCCCAAUAACCCAUGUGAAUUGGGUCCCAAACAUGACAGUAAACCUUCUUGUGAUACGAUGCCAAACACUGCAGGUCAAACGAAGUUAGAGGUAGACCAUGUUGUCCCAGAUUUUUCCCCAGAGCCUAAGGGAGAUGAACUUGCACCUCUAGAAGCUACGGAGAUUAACCUCACUACCUUUUGUAAAGAGGACAAUCCCAAAACUCAAGCUCUAAAUGUUCAAAGUGAUGCUCAAACUGAUAGCCACAAUGACGUGCUGCAUCUGGAAAAAAUCAGCAUGAAGUAAUGUUUGAUACCAACACUGGAGCCGUUGCUAAUCAUGAUGAAGUGUGUGUGCCCACUGAUGCUACUGUUUUAGAUAAACUAGAUGAGCAAUU